CCAAAAUGGAGCUGAAGCAUAUUCUGAUCCUUACAGCCAUCUAUAUCGCUUUCCGCAUCUUCAAGAGCCGUACCUCUGACCCAGCAGCCACCAUGCCCCACGGAAAAGUCGUCGAGGUUGACAACCCCGUCAUCUUCAAAGCCCUCACCUCCUCCGGCCCGGUCGUCGUCGACUUCUUCGCAACCUGGUGCGGUCCGUGCAAAGCUGUUGCCCCCGUCGUUGGAAAGUUCAGCGAAACCUUCACCGAUGUGCGCUUCCUCCAGGUAGACGUCGAUAAGAACCCCCAGAUCGCGAAGGAACUGAAUGUGAGAGCCAUGCCGACAUUUGUUUUGUUCAAGGAUGGCAAGCCUGCGGGACAGCCGAUUGUGGGUGGAAACAUGCAGGCCUUGGAGAAGGGAAUUAAGGAGCUCUUGGCUUAGAUAUUUCAUGGGAGAAACACGCUGGUUACGUCUUAUCUACAUAUGAGCAUGUCAGGCACUGGGGGUGGAUUAUUGUGAUUGUUGAGAGCGGUUGAUACCCGGAGUAUAUCGAGCCAUUGAAAAUACUAUACCUACCUGUCCGUAACAUAUAACCAUUACUGAUAUAUUUAAUUCAUCUUUACAUGGGCAUUUUGCCAUGCUAACAUCA